UUUUUGACAGCAAUUCUUUGUCACAAUAAAAUAAACAUGUUUUUAUUUUAUGUUAUUUUCCACAAAUACUUGAGACAAUAUGCUCAAUAGAUGAUCAGGGCAGACUUCUUUCAUCUGACCACAUGUGCUACCUCUCUCUCUCUCUCUCUCCUUCUUCUCUCUCUGUCUCUCCCUCUCUCUUUCUCCUAAUCUCUCCCACACUUCUGUCCCUGCCUCUCUUCCCCCGCUUGCAUUAUGCGACCAUCGAGUUAAAUUCCUUUUCUCUUUUUUCCCUCUUUCCUGCACAGAGAGGGGUUGGGGGUGGGAGUGAAUCUAAAUGGGUCACGUGGGAUCCCCUGCUAAGUAGGCUGUGACGUCGGCUCCCCCAGUCACUAGAGCCGGAGUCUGUCAGCAGCUGGUUUUUUCCCAGCCCCUCUCCCACCAGAGGAGAGAGAAGAGGAGGGAGAAGGAAGCCCUUCCCUUUGGCCAGCCCCGAACCAAAACAGAGGAGCUGUUUUCCUUUGUGCCACAGUCAAGCUGUUUUGUUUUUAUUCUGUUUCCUUUUUUGUUUCUUCCUUUUAGCUGGGAGGAAAAAAGGGACUAGGCAAUACAACCAUCUUUAACAUCAGUGCUGAGGCUGCUUUUGCCUGCCGCUAGUUCUGCUGACUGCCUUGCUUGUCUGUCUGGAGAGAGAUUAAUAUCAGAUGCGCACCGCACACACACUGGGGAGAGGGGCAGAGAGAGAAAGGAAGGAUGCUGAAGUUUUUCCCCCCUCAUUUUCUGCACUUAUUUUUACCCUUAUCGUUUUCCUUCUGGGAAAGACGGAGCGAGAUAGGGAGGGAUUGACCAUGCUGGCCGAGACGGAGUAGAAGUAGAAGAAGUGCGAGCUCAUAGGCAACCAGGAGGCAAUCAAAGCAAGCAAGCGAGUGCACAGGAAAUGAUCGCCCUGGAUAGAGUGUAGCAGAUGGACGAGCUUGUAUGCCAAGACUGAUGCAUGCAGGAUCAAGCCGCUGCUGAUGUGUGCUGAUGAUUAGGGGAAAGGGGAAAGGAGCACAUUAUCCCAGAUUAAUCUUUUUUCAUUUCCAGCGGUAGUGGAAGAGAGGAGGAGGAGAAGAGGGAGGGGGAGGUUGGGGAGAUGGCGUGCGGACUGUGUCGACAGACGGCUCCAACAUCAGAUCACUUUGACUGCUUGCCACGAAUGGAGAUAACGAAGACACUCGUCUGACGGUGGAGCGCGCGCGAGAGAGAGCGAGCAAGAGAGAGAGAGAGAGAGAGAGAGGCAGUAAGGCGGAGGGAGCCAAGGAGACAACUGUCCCUCAGAGGAAGACGCUGUUGCGUGUCCCCCCCGCAGCAUGUAUGCCUGCCACUCUCCACAGCAUCAGCCACAGCGGCACUUCCUGGCAGUUCUCAUGACCAGCGUGUCACUUCCCUCCUAGCUCCACCAGUGGCGGGGCGGGGUGGAGUGGAGCAGGGCGGCGAAAGCACUGGGGCUGAGGGAGCCCUGAGACCGACUCAUCUGCCAGCAGAGAUAACCCUCGGGCUGUUUUUCGCGAUCGCGCAUGUUUGACGCGAUUGGAUGUGACCGCCACGUUUUGCCACAGCGGUCCCUUAGUGCACCAUGCAGUGGCGACGGCGGCAGCACUGCUGCCUGGCCAAGAUGACCUGGAGCUGCAAGCGCUCGCUCUUCCGCACCCACGUGGUGGGGCUGCUGUCGCUGGCCUCGCUCUCGGCCACCGUGCUCUUCCUCAGCCAACAGGACUGGCUGCCGGGCCACGCGGGCCUCCGGGACAACCCUGUGGCCUACACGGUGCAGCAGCAGCAUGCCAGCGGCUUCACGCGCCCACGCAGUGACGCCAACCUGAGCGCGCUGCGCAGCAUCUGGAGGUGGGAGACGGGCUACGCCGCGCCGCCCAAGCCCCCGGCCAACCUGAGCAGCCACCCGGCCGCAGAGCCCCUGCCCUUGGCCGCCGAGCUGAGCCUAGAGGACUCGCUGAGCACCAACAGCAGCCUGCAGGGAGAGAUGGGCGUGGGCGGGAGGCUGGCGGCGCAGCCGUACCGCUACAUCCUCAACGAGCCGCACAAGUGCCGCGACGGCGCCGCGCCCUUCCUGGUGCUGCUGAUCGCCGCAGAGCCGGGCCAGGCAGAUGCCCGCAACGCCAUCCGGCAGACAUGGGGGAAUGAGAGUGUGACGGCGGCAGCCGGCCUGGGCUUCGUGCGGCUCUUCCUGCUGGGCGUGAUGGGCUCCAGUCAGUCCGAGGCACACAUGCAGAGCGCCAUUGAGGACGAGAGCCGGCAGUUCCACGACAUUAUCCAGCAGGAGUACCUGGACACUUACUAUAACCUGACCAUCAAGACACUAAUGGGCAUGAACUGGGUGGCCACGCACUGCCCACACGCCAGCUACGUGAUGAAGACGGACAGUGACAUGUUUGUCAACACCGAGUAUCUCAUCCAGAAGCUCCUCAAGCCCGACCUGCCGCCCAGGAGGAUCUAUUUCACCGGCUACCUGAUGCGGGGCUACGCACCCAACCGCAACAAGGACAGCAAGUGGUAUAUGCCCUCCGAACUGUACUCCAGCGAGAGGUACCCCAUCUUCUGCUCGGGAACGGGCUAUGUGUUCUCGGGGGACCUGGCGGAGAAGAUCUACCAGGCCUCCCUGAGCAUCCGCCGGCUGCACCUGGAGGAUGUGUACGUAGGGAUCUGCCUGGCCAAGCUGCGUAUCGACCCCACGCCACCGCCCAACGAGUUCCUCUUCAACCACUGGCGUGUGUCGUACUCCAGCUGCAAGUACAGCCAUCUCAUCACCUCUCACCAGUUUCAGCCCAAUGAACUUAUCAAGUACUGGAACCACCUGCAAAGCAACAAGCACAACGCAUGCGUCAACAUGGCCAAGGAAAAGAAUGCACGCUAUCGCCACCGGAGGCUGCAUUCAGAUAGGUUCUUAUGAUAACUGGCGGCAGGGUCAGAAUUGGCAGAGUUCACAAAGGUCAGAGGUCAAAUACAGAAUAGAAAAAAGGUGACAUGUUUUUCUCCAAGCUCAGCACCCCACUGAAUAGGCAACAGCACAGUGUUUUUGGUAUUGUGUACAGUCGACUAAAACUAUUUUUUUAAUUUGAGACAGAUGUUAUGUAUUGUGAAUCUGUAACUCUUUUUAAAAGGGCAGUGUAAUACAUGUGCAAUAUUGAGCAUGCACAAAAACAAAAGGAAAAAAAUGUAUAUAACUAUAUAAAUAUAUCUAAAUAUAUCUACAAUGGUGGUUUUAAUCAUAUCAGGUGCCAACAAGGAUAUUUGUGGUGAGGUUGUCAAUAUUUUCCUGGAAAUUUUAAUUUGGUCUGUGCACAGUUAUACCACACUGGGUCCAAUUUGAUUGAGUUUACUUGUUUUGGCUUACUACAAAGGAAAAGCGAAAAAGAUAAUUGCAUGAAAAGGGGAUAUACCCUUCUGCAACCACUUCUCGAGUGUGACAUUCCAAAAGCAGGACCCAAGCAGGACCCAAGGUUGUUUCCUAAACUGCCCAGAACACACCAAAUGAUCGUUUACCUGAAAAACUACAUGGUCAAAUCGUUAUUAUACACAGUAUUUAGACACAGAGUGUAUUGUUCUAUACCAAUGCUGUCAGAUAUAUUAUAUUGAGAUUGUAUUUUUCAGAGCUUUACAUUUGCACUCGGGGUAGUGUGAAGUGAGAAAUAUUGAUUAAAUGUAUUUCCUCCA